CGCUUAUUUACCAAUCCGAGACCCUCUCUCGGCAGUCGCAUCGUUAUUACCGUACGCAGCGCAGGUCGGUGCAUUGUUUCCAUUCGAAGAAACGCUAUUUACGCCGAAAGUGCACGUUAUAUUCUUGAAUUGGUAUGCGGAAUGGAUUCCAGGGUGUUUUUUACGUGAUACAGUGUAGUUUCAACGAAAUUAAUGAAGUAUAAGUGCCCGAAAACCGGUAAAAUGUGCAAGUUUGGAGGUUAUGUUGGCCGAUAAGGUCGAUAGUGGCUUGUCGAGCACGAUUUCGUCGAAACGGUCCGGAUUUGAGAAGCGAGGAAAAAAAGAGGAUCUCAGUGCGUUUGUUUACAAAAUAAAAGUGACAUAGAAAACAAAAUCAGCGGAUUAUUUUCGGUUUUAAAAUGGUUUUCGAUGGGUUAUUCUGCUAGAUUCUAAGGUCUGGUCGAUAUGGCGGCCGCUGACCGCGAAACGGCCGCCGAAGCGGGGGCCGACGUUGCCAAACGUCCCGUCGCCACCACCACCGAGCAGGGUUGCCAGAUGCAGCAGCAAGAAAAAAUUAAAUUGACGGAAAUCAAUUCGUACAUCACGUGUUUUUUGUGCAAAGGCUACCUAAUAGACGCGACGACGAUUUCCGAAUGCCUGCAUUCGUUUUGCAGGAGCUGUAUUAUAGAGUUUUUGCAGGAAAAUUCUCACUGUCCUGUUUGUGAGGUUAUAAUCAACAAAGCUAAGCCAAAUCUUAAACUGGAUAAAACUUUACAAGACAUCGUUUACAAACUGGUGCCCCAGUUGUUUUUGAACGAGAUGACGCGACGUAAAAAAUUCUAUUUCGCGCACCCGGAAGUGGCUGCGAAAGCUUCACCGGAAGACCGGGGUGAAGACAUCGAAAGAACGAUUUUCAAUCCCCAAGACGUUAUCAGCCUUUCCAUCGAGUACAUAAGUGAUGAUUCUACUCCGGGUGCCAUUAGAUUGCCCACCGCUAACCCCAUCAACAAUAACAACAACGAGGAAUCCAAGUCGACGAAAAUGGACUUAGACGAGAACGCGGAAAGCCAGAUGAAACGGUACCUCCAAUGUCCUGGAAUGUGCCGGGUUGAAGUGUUGAAAAAAUUCGUCAGAAACAAAUACAGCGUCGAUACUUCGAAGUUUCACAUCGAUAUUUUGUACAAAAGAGUGCCUUUACCCGAUCACUAUACUUUGAUAGAUAUCGCCUACAUAUAUUCCUGGAAAAGGAACGAGCCAAUGACGUUCUACUUCCGGAUCACGGAUAUCAAUCGGGUUUCCGAACGCUUCGACUAUUUCGACAUCGAAAAGUGCAAAACGAUGACGACACAAAUACCCACGCCGAUUACAAAGUGCCGGAACGUUCCUAAAUCGGCUAAAAAAUCGUCAAAAAUCGCGCUUUCUAGUCAAAACGGAAAACCGGAAGUUGUUGGUACCAACAAAUCGUCAACAAAACCGGAAGUUGUAAAAAGUAAUGUCGAAAAAACGGAAGUGGUUAAAAAACUGGAAUUCGUUAAACAAAACAUUGUAGUGAAUAAAGUGUCGGCAAACAAGAAACCUGAAGUGAUUACUACGACUGCAAAGCAGGAAGUGGUGCUUAAAAAUGCAUCAAAACCGGAGAUAGAGGGAAAAAAUAAAAACAACGUGUUUAAUAGAAAACCGGAAGUUAUUACCAAGACUUUAAAUCCGGAAGUGGUUAAAAAUGCGUCGAAACCUGAAAUAGUGGCGAAUAACACAAAUAAAAACAAUGCGGUCGUGCAAGUUAAAAAACCAACACCGGAAGUGGUAGUGGCGGAUAAAAAACCGACGCAAGAAGUGAAAAAGAACGUGUACACUAACAUUACGCUGAACAGGACGAAUAACGUGGAGAUAAUAACGAAAAUACAAAAAGUUUCGUCGAACAAAGACGGGCAUCCGGUGGUGCUGAACAUUUUGAAGCAGACUGUUAAAAAACCGCCGUUACUUUUGGUUGCGGCAAACGAGAACGGCGUCGUGAAUCUCGUUAAAGAUGGCGAUAAUAAGAAGACCGGAAGUGCGGAUAAAAGUGGUCAAAAACAAUCAAUAAUUAGUGAUAUAAAGAAAACCGAAAAUAGUGCGGAUAAUAAUGCCCAAAGACAAUUAAUAAUCGAUGUAGACGAGGAGAAAGUAAAAUUCUUACAGAAUAUAGAGUUGACAGCCAAGAGUGCGCAAGCGGAAGUGAAAAAAUCACAACCAAAAGUUAAAAUAUCGCAACCGGAAGAGGUAAAGAUACCCGAGUUCGCGAAAAUUUUGACAAACAUUGUGACGACAAGCAAGCGGAAAAAUUGCAGUCCAGUUAAAAACGAGAAAAAUAAAAAACUUAAGCCCAACACUGCGAAAAUAAUUUUGCAAUCGAAACCACUGCAUAACUUUUUGGGCGACUGUAAAAUAAACAUUCCAAGCUCGUUGUCGAUUACGCUUAAAGACGCUUCCGGUACAGAAAAUAAUCAACUUCCGGUCGUGGCGCCACCGGUUAAGAAUUUCAUCGAGAUUCUUAAGAUACCGGAAGAGAAACCGGCGGUUAAAAAUGUAGAAGAUUCCGAUCAAAAGAUCGACGAGGAUAUAUCGAAAAUCGCUUUAAGUUUGACAGAAAAAAUACCUCUUUCCACGACUGUAUCGCAAAAUUUUGGCCCAAAAAACAACUUUCAAAUUCCCGUCAAAAAAUACCCGGCACUUCCGGCACCGAUACCGGAAGUAAACUCGUGCAAACAAACCGACCCGAAAACCAACCCCAGAAACUCUCCUCAAAGUUUCCAGAAAAUAUUCGAGGAGUCCGUAAAAAAAGCCGCGCAACCGGAAGUUCCGGCCCCCAUAGAACUUCCAGGCACCGAACUGCACAACGUGGCCACGCAAAAAAGAAAUAUAAGUGAUAUUGUUUCCGAUUUGUGCAAAAAAAGUCGCACGCAGGAGGAGAACGAACAAAAAAAUACUACCAGUGAAAGCGCUGUUGCCAAAGUCGCCAUACCGCGGUUACCAAACUGUCGAAAACCGAGCAUAGUUGCCAAACAACCGUGUAAAAAAGUGACGAACAUCGAUAAUUUACACAGUAACACGUUAAAUUUGUCUUAUUCUGUUUCCGUGGACAAAAAACCGCGUUUGGAGGAAAAAAUUUGCCCGAAAAGCCCGGGGGAGUUGUCUAUAGUGCUUCCGCCGGAAAUACCGGACGUUUUAAAAGCGGAAGUAAUGGUUAAAACGCCGGUUAAUGUAGUUUUGCCCAAAAACUCGCCGAAAAGGAACGCUUCUCCUAAAUCCUCCCCUGUGGUGAAACACAUGUACUCCACCAUACCUUCCAUAAAAAUCCCCUCCCCCAAAGUUAUAACACCAAAGUUAACCCCUAUUAAACCCAAAAUUAACUCCCCAAAACAACAAAAUUCAUCUCCAAAACACCUAAAAAUAUCGCCCAAAAUAUCCCCAAAACAACCUCCACAACCUUUAACCCCCAACCAAAUCCUGGAGAAGUACAACAUCCAAAACCUCGCGCAACUAUCGGCAACGAUAGCGAACCCGCAACUUGCGGCGCUGCAACACGCAAUGCUCUUAAAACAUUUCGAAAUGCAGAAUCGGCAAAAUUGGCUCAACAACAUGAACGCGCAGCAGCAGCAGCAGCUGCAGCAACAAGCUGCAGCAGCUGCCGCCAACGUUCAGCAACAGUUCUUGCAAACCUUAAAUGCCAACGCCGCGCCCAAAAAUCAGCUGCUGAACAACGUUAAGGAGAACUGACAACCGCGAAUGACUUUUAAGUGACAGAAAGUGACGUUUGAAUGACGGUAUUAUGAACGGUACCGUUGAAACCGCCUGCAUUUUUAAUUUUUGUAGAUAAUUAAAUUUGCAACAAGCGUUCAAACUAGUUCAUCACCUAGUCCAUUUAUUUUUAAACGAAGUCGUAAUCGAAAACAUCUCAUUGAAUAAUUUUUGUUGGGCAAUAAAUUUUACACAAAAUGGCCCCCUUAAACAUUUAAAAAAUCAAUGGCGUACUCAUUUUUUUUCUUCUCAAAACAUCAUUUUUAGAUAUAAUCUGUCAAUACAACGUCAAAUCUGUCAUUUAACUGUCAAAUUAUCACGAUAAAACAUUAUUAUAUUUACAAUAAU